CUCAGCCGAGAAAAUCAAAUAUAUCUCCCAUCCAGACUAUGUCACUAAAAACAAUCUCAUUCACCACCUGCAACAGACCCUCCUCCUCCUCCUGCUCCACCCCGCUGGGCAUCAACGUACUCGAUGAUCGUGCCGCGAAUUUAGUUGGCAAUCUCUGCUGGAGUGAAUUCCUCACCGUCAAUUUCCGAGCCAAUUCCACUUC